CAUAGUAACAGUUACAUGAGUACUAAGUGACUGGUUCUGAACAUGUUUUGUGCUAUCUGUCUCAGAUUCAGGGUAAUUAAGGAAGUAGGCGAUGGGACUUUUGGAAAUGUUUGGCGAGCAAUCGAUAAGCAGAGCGGCGAAGUUGUUGCAAUUAAGAAAAUGAAGAAGAAGUAUUAUUCAUGGGAAGAGUGCAUGAAUCUUCGAGAAGUAAAGUCUCUGCGCAGGAUGAACCAUCCCAAUAUAGUGAAGCUCAAGGAGGUUAUAAGAGAGAAUGAUAUUUUAUUCUUUGUCUUUGAAUAUAUGGAAUGCAAUCUCUACCAGCUGAUGAAGGAUAGAGAUAAGCUUUUCGCCGAGUCAGAAAUCAGGAACUGGUGCUUUCAAAUAUUUCAGGCUUUGGCUUAUGUGCACCAGCAUGGCUAUUUCCACCGCGACCUUAAGCCUGAAAAUUUGCUGUGUACAAAAGAUGUCAUUAAACUAGCUGAUUUUGGCCUUGCUCGCGAAAUUUCUUCACAGCCACCAUACACGGAUUAUGUGUCAACUCGUUGGUACAGAGCGCCCGAGAUUUUGCUCCAGUCUGCUGUAUAUGGCUCUGCUGUUGACAUGUGGGCAAUGGGUGCUAUUAUGGCUGAACUAUUCACACUUUCUCCUCUUUUUCCUGGUUCAAGUGAAGUAGACGAGCUUUACAAAAUUUGCAGUGUUAUUGGGACCCCAAAUCAAAAUUCCUGGUCUGAAGGACUGAACCUUGCAAAUGCUCUCAAAUAUCAAUUUCCACAGUUUGGUGGCAUGCAUCUCUCAUUGCUCGUUCCCACAGCUAGUGCGGAUGCAAUCAGCCUCAUUUCAUCACUUUGUUCCUGGAAUCCAUACAAGAGACCCACUGCAGCAGAAGCUCUCCAACAUCCUUUCUUCCAGAGCUGCUUUUACAUCCCACCAUCACUUCGCCCUAAAGCAUUUGGGAUGCCGAAGACUCCCCCAUCUGUUGGAGUUAAAGGGGCUCUGGAGCAUCAGAAAAGUUCUAGGAAAGCUUCUGUUGAGACUUUCUAUAAUGCCAAAUCUUCUAGCAAUUUCUCAUCCCCACAUGUUCCUGUUGCAUCAUUAAAGACAGGCGUGCAGCGAAAACUGGAGAUGAAUUAUGAUGAUUAUGAGAGAAAUGAGAAAAGAAUGCAGAACAAUCUGAAACAACCCCCCUAUGUACCCCCACCAAGAAACAAUCCAGGAUAUAUGGGGAGAAACAACACUCGCAAGACAUGGGAUAUUCCUGACGAGAAGCUUGCCCACUCUAGAGGCCCCUAUUACAACAAAGUUUCAAACAUCGCUGACAACUUCACCCAACUGAAAGUAAGCUCUGUUCCACAAAACCUGUCGAGGCCACCACCACUAGCUGGAGGUUUGCAGUUUGGCCGAUCUUAUGAUAGCCCAUUCGCCAGGAGUUAUCCUCGGAAGGUUGCAGGCUGAGAGUUUUAAGAGAUGCUGCCGCUUCUUCAUGCUGUUGCCAAUAAAUAACUGCUUUCUGUUAUGUGUUCUCAAGUAAAUAAUCCAACUCUUGGAGAUGCUACUGAUGCGUGUAUUUCGAUGAGUGUUCUACUGCUUGUUUAAGAUGUUGAUUACGUUAGUGUACCGCUUUAAAAUAAUGAAGUUUGCAUUUGUUC